GACAGAGGAUAUGCUGUUUAUCAGCUAGCGGAUGCAGACGAGGAAGUCUCCUUUCCUGUAAUACUUGUGACGUACGUUCACAACUUUUUCAGCCCAGGGCGCACGAAGAUGAGUUUCCUGUACUCUGCCCUUCGGUCCAAGCCCUUCCCUACAGGAUACCCGGAGAACAGGACACCAGUGACAGCUGACGUCCUCGAAGCCGGACUCAUCCUUGGCUUCUGCAUCCUCACCUUCUGCUUCUUCAUCGUGCUUCCUGGAGUGCGAAGAAAAGGAACUUUUUUCGUACGAACCAUGGUGAGCCUUUUCAUCGGAGCAUUCAUUCUACUAUGCAACUUUGGUCAAGAAUGGGAGUACUCGAAAAUCCAAGCAACCACACCUUACAGAGCAUUUAGCGAUGUCCAACUGAAAGCCCACAUAGAAGUGAAGAUCGGGCUCAGAAGCGUCAACAUCACCUUGCGAAACGUGACCCAUGCGGAUGACAAGGUUGACUACAACGAACGCUUCACUUGGGCAUGGGAUCAGGGAAGACUUGGAUUUGGACCCCAGGGUAAGGCUGGCUCCAGACGAACGGAGCAUAUUUUAUUCUUUUCUUUAGCUGGUCACUACAACCAAGACUUUCGAGCCGCUCAAGUACGUGGCGCACCGUUUCCUAUCCUCUGGAUUGCUGAAUAUUUCACAUUCGAUGGCGAAGGCAUCCGUUUCGGUCGACAUUACCGCACUGCAGGCUGGUACACUCAUAUCCUGCUCUGGACGGCCUUUCCAUUGUGGUUGUUGAGCAACAUUGUAUUCUUGAUGGUGCUCUGGUAUGGCGCCUACUUGCUCCUCAUGACGGCUGCUUGUCUCUUGGCGGGGUCCACCGUAUACGCUACCGUCCGCAAUUCUAUUCCACUCGAGAUUCCUUUCUAUUACGAGGAUCAAUUGGUUGUCCUGAAGACGCAUUACGGAUGGUGCUUCUGGAUGAACCUUAUCAACGCAGGUAUACUGUGUGCGUUCGUGGGACUAGCGGUUCUCUUCAUGGAUCUCCGAUACCCAGAAGCCGUGGCUAGUUUCUUCGGCAUUGACGUCUACCAGGAGUACGAGGAGGUAUACACCGAUCAAGUCCAAGAGGCAACACCUGUCGCAGAGAACCCGUCAGACUACGGAGACAUGGGCGUGCUCAGGAAGCGGGUUCCAUACAGUCGUUUCAGACGAAAUUCCAUCCGCAAACCUUCUCCAGCACCCAGAAGGAUUCCUCCCGAGGACGAUGCACCUGUUUAUGCAAACUACGAGGCUAGACCCCGCAGGUAUGAACCCAUCGGCGAAGAUGAAGAAUCGACGACAGCAUCCCGAGAGAAUAUUCUCAUGAAAACUUAUGCGCGUUGAAGAUAAAUAUAUUCUUCCACUUUUGCCUUGGAA